CUGUAUCGCUAUUAAUUUAUUUAUGAAAAUUAUACUUUUGUAUGUAUCGUAUAUUGAGUCAAAAUGAAAACGAGUGUUCGAAAAAUGAUGAAGAUGUUAAUAUAAGAAGAGCUAUAGACGAUGAAGCUUUGGAAUCCAAAAGAUGGAAGCGACGUCACGUGGUGGCAAUUUUGGCGUUGCUCGGAUUUGCCAAUAUCUACGCAAUGAGAGCUAAUUUGAGCAUUGCAAUCGUUGAGAUGACUUCCGGAACUGAACGAAAAGUGAAUGGAACGACGCUUCAUGUUCUCGGUGAUUUUGAAAACUGGACCCCAAUGACGCAAGGAGUUGUGCUCAGUUCCUUUUUUUACGGCUAUAUCGUCUCCCAACUGCCCGGCGGAUAUCUCGCAUACACUCAUGGAGCAAAAACCAUCUUUUUCGCUGGCACAUUUGGAACCGCUGUCUUCACGCUCCUCACGCCGCCAUUCGCCAGAAUGGGAUACGGAAUGCUCGUUUUUGCUCGCUUCAUGGAGGGAUUACUCGAAGGGGUCACUUAUCCGGCAAUGCACGUGAUUUGGAGCAGAUGGGCACCUCCAAUGGAACAGACAAAGCUUGCAACUUUUGCAUUCUCAGGAUCAUAUUUCGGAACUGUUGUCGCCAUGCCACUGUCCGCGUAUUUGGGAGAACAUUUUGGGUGGCCAAUGAUAUUUUGGUUUUUUGGCGCACUUGGUGUGAUUUGGUGCAUGGUUUGGUACAAGACGGUGCAUGAUCGGCCAGAAGAUGAUCCGAAAAUCUCAACAUCCGAGCUGGCAUUACUGCAGCGUGAUGCCGUCAGCCAGAACCAUUAUAUUGUUCCAUGGGCCCAAAUCCUCCGUUCUAAGCCAGUUUGGGCCGUCAUCGUUGCCCAUAGCGCUCAAAACCUCGGCUUCUACAUAAUGCUUACAAACUUGCCAAAAAUGUUGAAGGAUAUCGCGGGGUACAAUGUAGAAAAGGCUGGAAUUGCCAGUAGUCUGCCGUACUUCUUGAUGGGAUUCCAAAUUAUUACUGGAGGGCAGCUGUGCGACUACUUGAGACGGGAUAAGCAUUACGACACACUUUUCGUGAGAAAAAUGGCUUGCGCAUUAGGUUUCAUCGGUCAAUCUGUGUUUCUCUUCCUUGUUAUGACCACCUCUAACUCGCUGCUUCUGGUCCUUUUCUUCUCAAUUUCCAUCGGACUAGGCGGAAUUUGUUGGUGUGGAUUUUCAGUAAAUCAUCUGGAUUUGGCCCCACAGUAUGCUGGACAUUUGAUGGCCACGUCGAACACAUUUGCGACAAUUCCUGGAAUUUUCGGACCUCUUCUAGUUGGAGCAAUUGUGCAAAAUGGGACAAUCGGUGAGUGGAACGUGAUCAUGUACAUCAUAAUAUCUGCUUAUCUGCUCGGAGCUGCAAUUUUUUGGAAGUUCGCCGACGCUACCCUACAACCAUGGGCCGCAGAGCACACUUCCUUUGUCGGACAGCUGGAAUAGAUGGUCAACAUAUCUAACUUUCCCACAUUUCCUUUCUAUUAGAAGCAUAAUUGAUCUUUCCCCACAGAGUUUUUCCUUAUUUUUUUUCUAGCUUUCAGAAUUUUGAGGCUGAACUCCUUCAAAGAACACAAUGAAAGUCUGGAUGUUG